AUGGUGGUUGAUUCGCUUUUUCGCGGUGUUCGUCCUAUAUAUACUAGGCGUAACAGAAAUUUUAACCUCAAUGACAACUUGCUCGACGGACUCUCUGAAGCUGAGGUCAAGUCAUGCUACAGAUUUGCGCAUGACUCAAUUCAGUAUAUUACCGACACGCUCGCUCCUGAUCUUGAAAGGCGAACCGAAAGAAACCAUGCUUUGAAACCCCAGGAACAGUUUCUUGUUGCCCUUCGUUUUGUCGUAAGCGGUAGUUUUUUGGGGGUGGUAGGUGAUACAUGUACAGUGGGUGGCAUUCCAAAAUGCACAGUUUCCAGAAUCGUCAGCAGAGUUUCAACAGCCCUCGGUCGAAAACAGCACCAGUUCAUACGAUGGCCAUCAACAGCCGCAGAAAGGCAAGAGAUAAAGCAAGGCUUUUUUGUAAAGGGGGGCUUUCCCGGAGUCAUUGGCUGCAUCGAUGGGACGCAUGUAUGUAUUCAAGGGCAAAGUGCCCACGAGAGCAAUUUUGUGAACAGGAAAGGGUUCCAUUCGAUCAACGUUCAAGUGAUUUGUGAUCACAGAGGUAAGAACUCGGGUUUAUUAAAUUGUUGA